UGAUGGACCAAUCAGAAUAAAGAAUCUUGCGGAUAGGAUAUAUAAUAUAUAUAUGGUUAGGAAGAUUUAGGAACAUCAUUGUCAUAAAUACAUUUUAUAGAAAGUUCGUAUAUUAUCGUAGAAAGAGAAACUGAAAAAAGACAACAAGCGAACAUGUCAAAGGUAUUGGAUGAGGAAUUGAAGCAAGCUUUUUCAAAGCUGCACGAAAAGAUGGUGGAUACCAAGCAGAAGCUAAAGUUAGCUGAUAUACAAAUUGAUAAGCUGCGACGUACAAAACAGCGGGCAGAACUCACUUCAAAAGAGAUUAGCUGCUUUCCUGAAGACACAAGGAUAUACGAGUCUGUCGGUCGAAUGUUUCUCUUAGAUGAUGUGAACAACAUUAAAAGCAAUCUGGAUAGUAGGAUGAAAACGUCUGAUGAAAAGAUUAAGACAUUAGAAAAUAACAAAAUAUACUUGCAACGAAGUUUAAAAGAAAGCGAAAAUGAAAUCAGAGAAAUGAUUCAACAAAAGCAGAGUAAAGAAUCUUCUAGUUAAAACAUCUUUAUAAAUCAUUAUGCUAUUUCAGCUUUCCUUGGACAUUUGAGCCUUUUAAAUUAUUAUUUAGAAUAUGUGUCUACACAAUUACAAAAAUCUUGUUUGACAAUUUAAACUUGUGCUUUGAAUACAUUAACAUUUUGAUUUUUUUUUGUGCAAUAUAUAUUUGGAAUAAAACUCAUUAACUCGAGAAAAAAAAAGGAGGAAAACUGAAUAAUUUAUGUGAAUUCAAUUUCAAUCAAUCCUUACAAUGUAAAUCAUAAAAUUAUACACAAAUUAUAGAAUAUACUUUUGUAAGAAAUAACAUUAUAUAUACAUGUCAAUAGCAAUUUUAAUUAAAUAAACAUUUUGAUUUUAUAACUUAAGAAA